UCAAAGCAUAUACGUUUUACAAUUAUACAGACAUCUGAAAUGUGGCACAGGUGCCUUCCAGUUGAAAAAGAUUCCAUGCAAAGAAGCAGAAAAUCUGGAAAGCCUGGUGGACAGGGACAGCCUGGUUAUACAGACUACAGGAGGAUAGCCCUGUUCUGAGAUUAGGGGAUUGACCAAAAAGCCGGCGUGCAGAAUUGCGGGUUUUUUUUUUACAUAACAGCUUUAGUAAAUAUCCUUUAGGACCCAGUGGAAAUGUUUGGUGAGGCAAACUUCAUGAGUGAUGGCCAAUCGUUAAGUGGUGAUGAGGGAAAAGCUGGGAGUGAGAAGCCCCUGAAAGCCUGUCAAAAGCAUCACGUCGGGAAGGCAGCAUUUCUGCCGCUGAUUGCCGACGAACACGCAACACCGGAAUUAAGAGUUGGUUCAAUGUUUAAAGCCGGGGGGACUGGUGCUGCAGGAGGUUACUGGAGUGGAGUGUGCCCGGCUCCUGUUACCAGCAGGAUGCCUUAUUUUGCAAAACUGCUUUUAUUAAUCUUCUGCUUAGUUCUUCUUGUGGAAAGCAGAAAGCACAGGAGGAGAAGGUGGACAAGCCAGCUGGAUGUGCAGAGGGCAAGUCACAUCUAUAAAAGGAACCAUGACGUGACCAAAACCUGGAAAGGAAAGACAGAGCAGCUUCUCAGGGUCGAUGACCACGACUUCACCAUGCGGCCAGCUUUUGGAGGCCCUGCAAUUCCUGUUGGGGUGGAUGUGCAAGUUGAAAGCUUGGACAGUAUUUCUGAGGUCGACAUGGAUUUCACUAUGACUUUGUACUUAAGGCACUACUGGAAGGAUGAGCGUCUCUCAUUUCCCAGCACCACCAACAAGAGCAUGACCUUCGAUGGCAGGCUGGUGAAGAAGAUCUGGGUCCCUGAUGUCUUCUUUGUGCAUUCCAAAAGGUCCUUCAUUCAUGAUACCACCACAGACAACAUCAUGCUGCGUGUGUUCCCUGAUGGUCAUGUCCUCUACAGCAUGAGGAUCACAGUGACAGCAAUGUGCAACAUGGACUUCAGCCGCUUCCCCUUAGACUCUCAAACGUGUUCUCUGGAGCUGGAAAGCUAUGCUUACACUGAUGAAGAUCUGAUGCUGUAUUGGAAAAAUGGGAAUGAAUCUCUGAAAACUGAUGAAAAGAUUUCUUUGUCUCAGUUUUUGAUACAAAAAUUCCACACUACAUCAAGACUGGCUUUCUACAGUAGCACAGGGUGGUACAAUCGCCUCUAUAUAAACUUCACUUUACGCCGACACAUCUUCUUCUUCUUGCUCCAAACCUACUUCCCUGCCACCCUCAUGGUCAUGUUGUCCUGGGUGUCCUUCUGGAUCGACCGACGAGCAGUUCCUGCCAGAGUCUCUUUGGGGAUAACCACUGUGCUGACCAUGUCCACGAUCAUCACUGGGGUGAAUGCCUCCAUGCCUCGUGUUUCCUACAUCAAAGCAGUGGACAUUUACCUGUGGGUCAGUUUUGUGUUUGUCUUCCUCUCGGUGCUGGAAUACGCGGCUGUGAAUUACCUGACUACGGUGCAGGAGCGGAAGGAGAGGAAACUGCGGGAGAGGUUUCCAUGUGCAUGUGGAAUACCUCAUACAAAAACUAUGAUGCUGGAUGGAAACUACAGUGAAUCUGAUGCCAACAGCCUGGCAGGAUAUACAAGAAACCAGAUGGUCCCAGAGGAAGAAAAACAAGAAAAGAUGGUUGUGCACUUAACUAUGAGCAAUGAAUCUAAUUCAUCAAGGAAGAGAGGCCUGAAGGGCCAUGUGGGUUUGCGCAUCAUCCAGAACACUCAUGCAAUUGAUAAAUACUCGAGAUUAAUAUUUCCAGGCACCUAUAUAUUUUUCAAUUUGAUAUAUUGGUCUGUCUUUAGCUAAGUCAGUGCAGUGAGUGAAGCAGAAGGCAUUUACAGAACUCUCUUUUGUCAGUUCUUUUUCAGCCUAAUCUGGAUGAAAAGCCAGAAAACUGAUUAUUUUAUUGCCUCUUUGGAGGGUAAAGGAGAGGAUGCAUCCUCCAGCAGGCAACUCCAUGCACAGACAUCGCGGAGGAACCUGUUGUGCUGGUUGCUUUCCAACCCACACCCCAGCUCCUGUUCGCUUUAUGACAAGUGUAAUUUCUCAUACUUGAAAAUAUGUGCUCACCAUUAACCCCAAAGGUGCUCUAUGUUCUUUUGGGGACAGCCACACUGGUGGUGCCUGCUGUGCAAUGGACAACCAGAGAGAGUGUUCACAUGGGCUGUCACAGGUUAGACAAAUGCAACCUGCAAGGGAAGAUCUGGACAGUGCAUCUCCUACAAGGAACCUAAAUGUUGCCUUUCCUUUUCAAAUCUCUGCUUUUUUAUUUUUCUUUGGCACCGUUUUUCAAAAAAGACCUCCUUUCAGGGACCAAACUCUGCUUUCUCCAGAUAGGAUCUCAACCAAUACCAUCAAGACAGUCUACUAGCCAGGAUCAGCUGGGUUGGUUACACGGUGCAGGUGGUAUGUUUGAGUUGGUGGGCAUGUUUUGUCUGGAUUAGAAGUAAGGAGUGAUGAUGAUGCAGAGCAAAGAAGGCUAGAGACUCACAGAAGACAGCUCCUAGGGUACAUGGGUAAUGAAAACAGGGAGGUUUACACAGGUGUUCUCUAUACUACUUGAGCACAGCAUGUGAUAUGUAGCAUCUGCCUUCUAAAAUGAGACGGGACGCUGGUGUGUAAGCAUGUACAGUCAGCACAAGGUGAAUGGGCAGUAUCUCUGGGACCAUGAUUUUCUCUUUCCAGUAGCUGGAAACAGUUUUGAGGGCAGCACUGGUGGCUUUCAAGAGUUUUCCUCAUCCUUGUGAGGAAAGUGCAGCCCACAAAGAAACUGUAUAUCCCAAUAUGCCUCUCCCAGUCAACACACUGUCCUUCUGUUCAGGUAUUUUGGAUAAACAGAGAGAUGUCUGCCAGAACCUCUUUCUGGGGGAACAUAGGCAUGUCAGAGAUUAAAUGGCCAAGAAUAACACUGCGAGGGCCAACGUCGAUGUAAGUCCUUUGAAGCUGCUGGAGAGCAUUGUAAUAAUCUUCUGUGGUUGGCAUUUCGUUUUUCAUCCUGUCGUAUCUCCCUUUCCUUUGCUGACGACACUGACCACAAAACCCAAAUGCAGAAGCACAAGCAACAUACAAGGAUGUCUAGGUCUGUGUGCUCCUUGUUUUUAGAAAACACCAUGACAUUUUGGCUGUGAUAGAGAUUAUGUUAACCAAAAUAUUUGGUUAUUAAGCUGAAACUCAGAAGGGUGGGCAGAUCCUGAAGACCCAGGACUGAGAUUAGAAGCUGACUCAAUGAUAAGAUUAAGUUGUACAUUUGACUGAGAUUGAACCAUGAAGAUUCAGAUAAAUCACAUGAAUAAAAGAAAAGCAAAUGAAAAUACUAAUAAACCCAUGACUAUAGGCAUGUGGAAUUUUCUGCUUACCCUAGCAGGAAUUCUUAUGUCCUGUAUCUCAAUGGAUGUAGAAGACGGUAGAGGGCGUCAGCUCCAGGCUGUCACCAAUAACCAGGUUUUCCCUUGUGCCUCAAAUAUUGCUGCCCAAGUCACACAGGUGGUUGCACUGAUAUACUGGAAACAAAAUUGAUGAGAGAAACUGAAAUUAACAACUGUGUUGCCUUUAACUGGCCAUGAUAAUAACUGACAUGAAUGGAGGUCUGUCUGGUUAUAAAAGUAAGAAAAUACAGAUCUGAAUACGCUGGCAAGAAGAGGAGCCAUGGAAGAACAGCAUCUGAAAGGAAGCAUUGCCCUGUAUCCCAGACUGCCACUUCUGUCCUUUUGAGCCACCAACAAGGUCAGUCCGUUUACCACACAUCAUUCUUCUUCGACCUGAAACCUGGAUACAUCUCACAUCAAGAAGUGGAGAUCACUAUAGUAAAGACACAAAAAAAAUGCUAAAGAAAUAGAGCACUUCCCUUUUGAGAGGUUAAAGCCUGAACAUAACCAGUGUAUGUUCUUCAGCAUUAGCAGCAUAAAAUGAAGCAACGCUGCAGCAGGAUGGGGCAGGGAAAGGACCUUUGCUGGGGGAAAGCAGCAGAACUGCACCGUGAAGUCGCUGGUGUGGGGAAUGAGAAACUGGGUUCCUGUGCCCCCAGUUUUGCCAGUGUUUCUGCAUUACCCAUGGCAUGUGCCAUUUAACUUCUCAGUGCCUCUUCUCCGCCAUCUGGAAGGUGGAGAGCAAUGAUGUUUACCUGUCUCAUGAGGUGCUGAGGGGCUUAGUUUGCUUAACUAGCGUGUGUGUGGCACAGUCAUGAUUUCUGAGCAGAACACCCAGUGGGAAUUCAAAGGUUUUUCUUGUAGUUACCAAUAAGUUCUUCAAUGUGUCCUCUGAAUCAGUCCAGCUGGAAGAAAGUAUGUUUCUCCCCCACAUCAUAAUUAAACUAGAGAUAAAUGUAGCCCAACAGCCAAUAAGCAAGCACUGUCAAAAAAUAAUGCAUCCUGGCAUACAAAAAAGAGAUAUCCUAGUGUUUACUUUGCAGUUUGUUUUUUACAUCUCCUGUUCCCUUAGAAGUUAUGUGGUGACAAAGACAGUCCUUUACAUCCUAUCAUCUCUUUGCUAGUGCUGCCUGUCAUUUAAAUGCCACCUAAUAAACAUCUUUUGGAGAGGCUACCUUACUGCUACUUUAUAUGCACGUGUGCAUGACUGAUAGAGAUUGAUGUCUGUGUCUUCCAGACACAAAAAUACAGCCUAUAAAUCCAUCAAGGAGGGUAUUUUUUCAUUAAAGAGAAAAGAAUAUUCUCUCUCUUAGGCACCACUUACGCUUAUUAUUCAUUAAAACAAUAGAUUAAAUGUAUAGAUUCAAAUAAACCCAAAGCAUCUCCUUCAGGCAGCGUAUGAAUUGUGGUUUUCUGCUUAUUAAAAGAGUGUCUAGACAUGAAACUAGGACAAAUAUUUGAAGUAUUGUGGUGAGAAUGUAUUUCACCUUUCAUCUUCCCUGGAUUCCAAGAGACUCCAUGAGCACUGCCUAACUUCUAGUUGCAAGAUCCAACCAAUGUUUUGAGAAAUGGUGCCUGAAGCUAGGCUCCGAGCACUGUUUGAUGGAUACAGCCCAAUUCUGUGAAGCUUGAAGCAUCUGGACAAAUAACCUACCGAAGAACAGGAUUUUCAGAAGCGCACAAAGGGUUUGGGUAAAUCUCACUGGUGAAUACUCCUUCUCUGAAUAACCUGGUUCAAUUAUAAAGAGAGAAAAUGUCAGCCCUGCUCAUUCUGCAUCUGGCUCCAUUGUACUUCUGUUUCUAACCAAAUCAUGACUUUGAAAGAAAGCAACUCUAUAUGGAGAUAUAUACAUACAUGUAUAAUAUAUAUGCAGGUAGCAUAUAACUAAGACACUGGGACAUAUACCUAUAUUAAAUACUGCACAUAUAUGAAAUUGUAAUGUAUUGUACAUGAAUUACUAUUUAUUGUGCCCAGAACACUUACUAUAUUGAAGUAAGAAAAAGAAGGCUCUCACUACUAGCCAAAAGCCAAGAAAAGGAGGUAUUGGCAAAAAUUACGGGCUCUCUUACAUUUUCCUUCUGAAAAGGAAGUGUCGAAAAGUUUGCAAGAAAGGCUGAUGCUAAACUUAUUGUACAGUGGGUACAAUCCACUGUGCUGAUGGCUGUAAUCAAACCUGGUAAUAAAAUAACAGAUGGAAAUGGUGGAGAAGACUCCAUUUCAUGGCGUGAACUCUAAAAUGGUGUUUUAAUUCUGUUUGGAGACCUGUUACCUACGAGCUAAUGGCCAGGGAUAAAUGAUUUGAAUAAACAGCUCAUUUGUAAUAGAUUUGAAAUAAAAAGCAUCUCAAAAGGUGGAAGAAAUGUAGUGGAAGCAUACAAGUACUUUGAAGUAUGCAAGGCUCCUUGGGAAAAUGGAGCUGUUAAUAGCAGCUAUAAGCUUCAGAAACCUUUUGUGGAAACUGCAGCCCACAACUGAAGAAAUGUUAGUAAUUACAUUUAAGGGCACAUUUUCAGGAGCCCAAAUGGCAGGUAUAUAUUUCAAUCUCCAUUUGACUAUAAAUGAGAACUUGUCAUAUAAUUCUGCCUUUGUGCCUUUGAAAAGAUUGUCUCCACAUGCAGCAAUGGAAGAUAAAAGGGCUCUGAGGUGCCGGCUGCCGAAUCUCAGCUAUUAUCCCUAAUGCAGACAAUAGGACUAAAGGAAAUGUGCACGGGUGAGGCUGAUACCCAGACCACUGAACAGUGGCUAUUGUCUGUCAAAUUUCCACAGCGGAGAGAUUACAGCAAGGUACAGUCUAACUAAGUGCGAUACUGCCCUGCUGAAAUUUAAAGAACAGACAAAUGUAUUUAAAAACCAGCAAGACUUUAGCACUAUUAGAAUUAAAAUGUAAUCCAGUCUCACACUAAGCUGACUAAUUCUUUUGCAAAAAAUGACAUUUG